AUGAGCAUGCUUUCAGCCGAAGUCACGGAAUGGGGUCAACCUCCCAAGUCCAUCAAAGUCCCCCCUCCUGCAGCUCCAGUUCACGACAACGAGACAGAGAUCAAGGUCCUCGCUGCAGGUCUUCAUCAACUCGUCCGCACACGUGCAGCGGGAAAACACUACACUGCUACUGAACUCCCCCACAUCCCCGGUGUCGACGGCGUAGGCAUUGAUGUCUCAACCGGCAAGAAAGUGUACUUUUCCCUGUUGGGCACAAAGCAGGGCAGUUACGCCGAGAUCGUCAAUGCGCCAACUCACAAUAUCGUUGAGCUUCCCGAGGGCGUAGACCCUGUUGUCGCAGCUGCUAUGGUCAAUCCCGUCAUGGCGAGCUGGAUGGCGUUGAGGAAGCGUGUUGAUUGGACUGGAAAGGAGGGCAAACCUUACAAGGUCUUCAUCAACGGCGUCACCAGCGCCAGUGGAAAGAUCGCUAUCAAGGUAUCUCGUCACCUCGGAGCUACAACCGUCGUAGGUGCAGCUCGCAACAAGGACGCGUUGUCAAAACUGGACCUCGACGCCAGCGUUGUUCUUCAAGAACCCAACGCCACAGACUUCUCCGCCGCAGCAGACGCAGACAUUGUUCUCGACUUCCUCUACGGACCGUGGCCGAAUGCGUUCCUGUUGAGUCCUACCACGGCUAGUGCUAAGAAUCCCAUUACGUGGAUCAACAUUGGGUCUAUGGCGGGUGAUAUGGGCGAUAUUUCGGCGAUGGGGCUGAGGAGGAGAGAUGUCACGGUGCGGGGCUCGGGGCCGGGCGCGUGGGACCCGAGGGAGCUGGGGGUUGAGACGGAGGGAAUGUUGAAGGUUCUUGUGGGAUUGGGAGAUGAUGGGUUGAAGAAGUAUAGGAUUGAGGAUGUUGAAGAGGGUUGGGGUGAUAAGGGGAGGGAUAGAGUUGUUUUUGUGUUUGGUGAAAAGGCUUGA